UGGCCCAUUAAAAGAGAGCUCGCUUCUUCUUAGAUUGUAAUUGUGUUGUCUCUCUUCUUCUUCUUCGAGGGAAGCGAUUUGGGAAAAGAAGAUGACGACGAUUCGAAGAUUCAGCUGCAACGACCUUCUCCGAUUCACCUCCGUGAAUCUGGACCACCUCACUGAAACAUUCAACAUGUCAUUCUACAUGACCUACUUGGCGAGAUGGCCUGAUUAUUUCCAUGUCGCUGAAGGUCCUGGCAAUCGCGUCAUGGGUUAUAUUAUGGGUAAAGUUGAAGGGCAGGGUGAAUCAUGGCAUGGUCAUGUGACCGCCGUCACUGUUUCUCCAGAGUAUCGCAGGCAGCAACUCGCCAAGAAACUCAUGAACCUUCUUGAAGAGAUCAGCGAUAAGAUUGACAAGGCCUACUUUGUGGAUCUUUUCGUGAGAGCUUCCAACACACCAGCCAUCAAGAUGUAUGAAAAGCUUGGCUACAUAAUAUAUAGGCGGGUUCUACGCUAUUACUCAGGAGAAGAAGACGGGUUAGAUAUGAGGAAGGCAUUAUCAAGAGAUGUAGAGAAAAAAUCUGUGAUUCCUCUCAAGAGACCCAUCACUCCUGAUGAAUUAGAGUAUGAUUAAGUCUCUAUGUUCCUUUUGUUCUCGUCCUUUAUUUUAAACACUUCCUUCUGUUCUGGUCAUACUUUUGUAUUUGCAUUAAAAGUUCCUCAAAUUAUGUUUUCGUAAUUGAAUUUCCCCUAUUUUUACCACAAACUUUUAA